AGUUAAGUCUAAUGCUUUAUUGGGAGACAAUAUACUGCGUAAAUGCACUCAAAUAGAAGCAAAAGCUUCUAGAAAGUAAAGCUGCUAUUUGAAUUAACUUCACAUUUGCAGGUGGAGAACUUGACUGUGCUGUUGUAAACACAUUGCGGCGAUUGCAUCUAAGUUCCAGGAAAUCUAGUUUAGCCCUAGUUCAGACAUUUCUAUGAAGAACAGAACAGAUUUGAACGGUCGUUCAAGUUUGAAGGCAUGCAUAACACGACAUUAUCACGGCUUUAUUUGGUUACUGGUAGAGGAAAAGAAACGAAUAUUGUAAUCUGACUGAGCAAAGUUUCGCUUUUCUUUUUCCUACAGCCAGCGACAACUUUAUAUCUUGGUAUCUCUUUGUGUAUUUUGAAUGAAUUCAUUUGUUUUUAAUAAACACAAUGUAGUUGUAUAAAAAUGACUAAGACAAAAAACUGUCUAUACAUGUAGAUGAAUUGUACCAUGCUGAGUCACACCAUUGUGACACGCCCCCGUCCCCCGCUACAACACUUUUUAUAAGCGCUCAGCUGGCAAGAGGGUUAAAAACCUUUCUGACUGCUGAAGUCGCAACAAUACAGUCUGCUUAAUAUGAGUGCAGAGCACAGAACGAUGCUCACACAGAUUUAGGUAAAGAGAAAAGCCGAAUUAGUGCCGCGUGGAAGAGAUACCUGGAAUAAUUCUUCGAUUGGAUUAAAUCAACUCUCUCCUGGAGUGGCUGUAUCAUCUUCAAGGCUGGGAAGCUGAAGUAUGGCUGCAAUCGCCUGGCUGAUCGUUCUCUUUUUGGGCAUCCAGUGCAGUGUUGGGGAGACGGGCUGCAAGGAAUGGAAGCUAGAGGGGAGCGGUGUUUGCUGUAACAGCUGCCACCCAGGAAAUCACCGAGUCGAGGAGUGUGGUCAAACCCUAAAAGAACUUUGUAGACCCUGUGAGCCCGGGACCUAUACAGUGGACCCUAAAGGAUUCAGGUGUUACCCUUGUACACAGUGUGUAGGUGCUCAGGUCCUUCUACAAGCCUGCACUGCCACAACUGAUACCAAGUGUGGCUGUAGAAAAGGACUUACUUGUGGUGAUGAAAGUUGUUCCUUCUGUGUGAAGACAUGUGAAAAAGGCUUUGAACCUACAGUUAAUCGUGACUGCAGAAAAUGUCCAAAUGGAACUUUUAACGACAAAGUUCACCAGAAGUGCAAACCCUGGAGUACCAAGUGCUCCAAUCCAAAUGAGCAGAUUGUGUUCAAAGGAGAUGCAUUAAAUGACAUUAAGUGUGUUCCAGUUAUACCUGAGGCAACACGUGGCCAAAAAGUUAAACCUGACUCUGAUGCUCAAGACCCGAUAUGGCCACUGUUUGUUAUCAUUGGCAUACUUGUCUUGUUCCCCGUCACCAUCAUCAUUAUCAUGAUCGUAGCUGUGAAAAACCUCCAGAAAAGAAAGAAGACAAAAAAGAGAAUUCAUGAAAAAAUCAUUGUAAAUCCUACAGAUGAUCCCAGGACAUUAAUUGCAAUAGAGUGCAGUUUCCAUGAGGCUCAGCAGGAACAGGGCAGCACUUGCAGCUCAGAGUCACUGGACUCUAAGGACUCUUCAGAGCAGCUGAUUGCAUGAAUGGAAUGACCUGGGCUAGAAAGCCGCAUGGAAGUAGCGUUUUCCUUUAAGGAAACAGGAUUUUACAGCUAAAAUGGGAUUCUUCUUUCUUCAUACUGAGCCACUUUUUGUUUUUUUAAAUGUCUUUGUUAUACCAAGUUGCUUAGGCCAGCUGUUUUUAUUUUAGAACAGCAUAAGCUACUGUGUAAAAAGGCCUAAGAGGUCAAAACAAACUGUAACAUCUUGCUCAGUUUUAACAACUGGAUACAGUUUCAGUGAUCCUUCAAUAACACAGUCAGUUGAAACAAGAGGAAGGGGAAUUCUGAGAGGGGAAAGAAGAAAGUGGACUUAACAAUAGGUUAUUCACCAUGUAAAUUCUAACAGCAGGCUGUUUUUUUGCCAUCUUGAAAUGUGAACACAGUCAUGAAAUAACAAUGAACAAAAGCUAGCCUUUUUGCCAUCACGUUUUUAAACUGCAUUCAAAGUUCAGUCUACUUGCCCCAGUACACUGUAAGACAGCUGUAGUCAGUAAGAGUAUGAUAGACAGUAAUUAAUCUGUUAUUUGCACGCCUGAGUGGUAAAACUGCCAAGUAUUGCUCAGUUUGAAAAUACGAUGUGGGUGAGUGUGCAAGUGGGUGUAACAGACUGAUUUUAGUCAUAUUACUUUCUGAGCCUUUAUAUUACCUCCCAGUAGUAUGGUUUUACAUAUGCUCAAAGCCUCAACAUAACAUAGCAACCUACCUGCUGUUUAUGGCAGUUUUGUUGUUUUAAUUGUUUUAUCUGUUGGUCAUUUACAGUUUGUCUUUUUUUUAAUAUAAUUAUUAUUUGUUAAAUUGUGAAAAUAGGUAGCUAGACUCAUUAUUGCAUGUAGCCUCUUCCACUCCACUGAACUCUACCAGGAACUAUAUGGACUUUCCAACUGUUGCUUAACUGGUCAAAAAAAGCCCAGUGAAGGGACUUCCCUAUUUUAAGUAGAUAAAGCUACGAUUCAAGAUGAAGCACUAGGGAGACCUAUUAGUGAAAUACUGAGUGUACAGAAUGGUUCACAAAUGAAAGGUAAAAAUCAUUCAGCUGUGACAAUCACUGAGCAUGUUAAGGCACGCUGUAUGACUAAGUGUUUAUCAGAUCAAGUAUGCGUUCAACAGGUCAGAAUAAAAACAAAAAUGAAAUGCUCUAAAGCUUAGUAACACAAUUGCGAAAAUCUUUCAGUAUUCCUCACGAGUGCCACAUGGGAAAUCCACCAAUUAUCGCUGUAACUCUUGAAUGUCUUGGGAAAUCCUGUGAACAAAUAUGCUUGACUAAUGUAAAUGACAUGCAAGCUAAACCCAGGGGCCAAGCGGAAACCCCCCAGAGAGAGUCUUGUAGAGUGCGUUACUUUUAGUUUCUUCUAGAACAGCAGAGUGGGCAGCAAGAUUAGACCAAAUGUUGUUUGUUUUUUUUUGUUUUAAUUCUAUUGCUCCCCUGGUCUGUAAAAGGCAAGUGUUUCUUCAUGGAACAUUUGAGAAAUAUACUGUGUGGGCUUUGCCUGAAAACGUUUACCCACGCCUAUAGUAAUAGAGCAGCGUAUGAGUCACCUCUCCAGCAAAGCAAAAUCAGUUAAAGACUUCAAAGUUCACAGGUGGCGCAGUGAAAAAGUGUUAACAUUACAGUACAGUCAUACAGUGACAUUUUAAUACGACUGCAGCACUUUAUUAUACCUGCUGAAUAUUACCUGAUGAAUGUCAUGUACUUUUGGUUUGAAUGUAUAAUUUUGUCUCACGGUGGUUUCCUAUAAAAUGUCUUCAGCUGUCUAAAGUACUGUAUAAAACUGAUAUGUAUUUUUACACUGUACUUACAUCUCAUUUUUGAACAAGCAAUAAAGAUUGUAUUUAUUAUGUACAGAAUAGUUGCAGUCAUGGUGUCGUAUUUCAGUUGUGUAAAGAAAAGAGUUUAAAUGUGGCAGCAAGAACAACAUACACAAAACAAAAA